AUGUGGCCUAUAAAAGGUGUACAAUCCAAAGUAGUGGAGAAUGAUCAGCAGCAAAGCCAAAUCCUAGGGGCCUACUUGCUAUCGGAAAAACCGUCAAACAAACUUGAGCUGCAAAAGAUGAAUUCAUCAACGUCUGAGAAUCUUUGCCGCCGAUUUUCACUUGCUGAACUCAACUUAGCCGCCGGAGAUUUCAACGACGAGCAUGUGAUUGGAAAGGGUGGUUUUGGCAAAGUCUACAGAGGCUUCAUUCAUAAUGACUCAAUUGCUGUGGCCAUAAAGCGGCGGCUAGCGUCGGAUCCCAGCCAAGGCCAGACGGAGUUUGCUGCCGAGAUUGAAACACUAAGUAAGUUCCGACAUCGUAAUCUAGUCUCUCUUAUUGGGUACUGCGAUGAAGACGAAGAGAUGAUUCUUGUUUAUGAAUACAUGUCUAAGGGAACGCUGGCUGAUAACUUACAUAAUCAGUCGACACUCUCUUGGAAUGAACGACUUAAGAUAUGUGUUGGAGCGGGGCGAGGUUUGGACUAUCUUCACUCGGGUUGCUCCGUCAUGCACCGUGAUGUCAAGCCUACUAACAUCAUUUUAGAUGAAAAUUUCACUGGUAAGGUUUCGGAUUUUGGGUUGGCCAAACAUUUAGGGCAUGAUAUCUUAGAGAGCCAUGUCUUCACCAAUGUUAAGGGUUCAUUUGGGUAUUUGGACCCGAGUUAUUUUAGCACCGGUGUACUUACAAAGGGAAGUGACACUUAUGCAUUUGGGAUAAUAUUAUUGGAGGUAUUGAGUGAGAGACGCGCAGUUGAAGGAAGGCUUGCGGGGGAUGAGGUGUGUAUGAGCAUAUGGGCCCAGGAAAAUAUUCGAAAUGGAAAAGCAGAUCAGAUUGUAGUUUCGAAUUUGAAGGGAGAUAUCUCGGAAGAUUGCCUCAAGACAUUUGUUGGGAUUGUUAAGAAAUGUUUGCAUCCUGAUCCGAAGAAACGACUCACAAUGACUCAAGUUGUGGCGCAGCUCGACUUAGCCCUUGAACAGCAGGAGAGGAAAGGGACAGCAACACUAAAAUUACAAUUUUGGCCAUUUUGGAAUAAAGUUAAACCAUCUGGUAAAUGUGAAACAGGAUCAACUGCAAAGGAUGAAAAUGAGGUUGAAGUUGAUAAGCUGUCAAAGGCCAUCUCUGCCACUGCCAUGAAAGAAGAUAAUGUCCCUUUCGUUCUAUUCGGUGAAACAGAGGACAUCAUUGAAUAUGAUGUUAGUCCCAUAUGUAAUGGAUUCAAAGGAAUCCUGAAAAUUGGAGAGGAUGCAACAAUUCAAAGGCUCCACUACAUGCCAAAGCAUGAAUUUAUAUCAGAGGUUUCAGGAUCAUUAACUAAGCUGAAGCAUGAGAACGUGGUCGAAAUAGUUGUUUAUAAAUUUGAUGGGCGUCAGCAGGUAUUGGCGUAUGAUUUUGCUCCACGAGGGUCUCUACACGACAUUCUUCUUGAACAACAAGGCAUAGAGUCAAGCUCAAAUUCGUAUCCGGCCUUAUCAUGGUCCCAGAGAAUGCAAAUCGCUCUUGGGGUCGCCAAGGGAUUAUGUUACAUGCAUGACAAAAGAAUAAUCCAUCACAACCUCAGAUCCAGCAACAUUUUAGUUUGUGACGAUGGAACUGCUAAGAUAAUUGAUCCUUUUCUAUGGACUCCAUGUGGCACUUUGGAUUAUUCCUCUGCGGAUAUAUGUAUGGAGAAGCAGGGCUGCGUGAGCGUGGCCUUGUGUCAUGGGGUACACAAGAUUGUGGAUGCUAGAUUAAAAGGAGACUACCCACGCAAACCAGUUAGGAGGGUGGUUAAUCUUGCUCAUCUGUGCCUUCAAGGUGAAGCUGAUUCUCAUCCAUCCAUGAGUGCAAGUUUAGCCACGGAAGAUUUAAGUGGCGUUUGUGUAAUUGGAAAUCGUGGAUUUGGUAAAUGA